CGGUCCCAAGUGCUCUCAACUUCAAAGUCUUAUCCUCACUCCCCUUGUGAUGCCCUCUAAGUCGCACUCCUACUCCGUCCUCUCCCAUUCGCACGAUGUCACAUCGGGACCUUCCACACAACUCCCCACCAACCUCCCCGCCUACAGACUCCAACACGACUCUGGUCCUCGCCACUACGACACCACCUCACCUCUGUCCUGAGACACCGUCUUCUUCGCAAGCUUCGGCUCCCAUCGUCACACCAGAAAGCCUGCAGGAGGAUCAUCCCACGUCGACAUCACCUCCUGUGACACCCGAUUCGCUGAGUGGCCUCCAGGAUCAUUCCACCAUCACCAUCACCACCACCACUCCAGUCGUCGUUCCCUCCUACAAGCGAUCUCUCAUUCUAUCAGGAACCAUGGGAUCGGCCGUCUCCACUUGUCGUUCUACUCUUAUCGAGUCGACAACAGAACAAGAUUCGAUCUCCAUGCCGCCAGCAGUCCCUGACCUAUUCGUCACCCCGCCUUCUCCCAAUCUCGCGGACACCUCUGAUGAUCGCUCACCCAUUUCUGCCGAUCAUUUGGCCCCUCCUGAGCUCGUGCCAUGUCAAGGCGAUGAAGAUCCACAAGAGGAGAUUCUGGACCAACGACAUCAGAAAGACCAUCUUGACGACGCCACCUCGCCUGCUUCGCCACCCUCUGCAUCAUCUUCAUCCUCCACGGAAGAGGAAGAGCCAGUGGAGGAUCGAACGGAUCGCUCCCCACCAAGAUCUGUCACUCAACAUUCGAGAAAACGUCCAAGAUCGUCUGAAGACGAGAUUGAAGAAGCUCAGGACACGUCACCUGCGCGCAGAGACAGCAGUCUGGACCUGUUUAUCGAGGGUAUUUUGAACAAAAGUCCCAAUGGAGAUAAAAGUCAUCGUCCGGCAUCCUCUGGUCCCGCUUCAUCAUCUCUGUCAAGACUGAAACGUCAUGCAUCAAGUCAUAGCAGUCAACACGGUACAGGCUCCUUGUCUCGACCCUCCAAACCUGCCAAGCGGCAACAUCCAGAUUCCGUCCGGCGUGCGAUGAAAGGCCGGCGGACUGCAGGCAAUCCCGCCUGUCCUUCAUCUGAAGGAUCCUCCUCCAGAUCCUGGUCUCUCGCCUCUUCCACUCGAUUACAAAAAGUUACGACGGGUCUCAAGGAUCUCCACAUGAGCACAGGGUCCUCAAAGGCGAGCAUCGCUGCGGGGCACGCCAACAAGACAAAGACCUCCUCGCCCAAAUCUCCCGGUAAAAUGCCAUUCAGUUCGGUCCUGGAAGAAGGCAAGCUUCGCACUCGUCCGGGCCAGCGGAAGAUCUGGUCAGCCAACGGAAACACCAUCAAAGCUGGCCACACGAUCGCCGCACUGUCCCCAUCACAUCCGAUCCUUCACACAAGACUGAUCGAGACUCACUGUUCUGGAUGUUUGCUUGACCCAAAGACAAAGGCGGAGCUGGACCACACCGACCCUCAGUAUGUGGCGAAUCGAUUUCUCAAAUGCGGACGAUGUGCGCGAGUAUGGUGGUGCUCGUUGAAAUGCUAUGCCCGCCAUGGUCAUGCGCACUUUGAUGAAUGCCGGGCGCUGAGUGUUGUUAGACGGGUACCUUCUGCCGAAGUGAGACUACUGGCCAGGGCCUGCAUCAUGAAGGCUGAGGGAAAGGCUCGUCCUGAGGUCCUAUUAAUGCCAAUCUCACACCAUGAAAUGAGCCAACUUGGUCCUAUCCUCAGGGAUCUGACUACCUUCUUGGGAAGCGUCCACAAAGACACAAGAGGGUAUCAGCACUUGGACUAUACGGAGUAUGGUUGCGCGACUGCCGUCGAGUUCUUCGACUUUGUUCGAACAGUGCGACAACAUAUCGUCCCUAUGACGGACGCGUUUGCAGCACCACUUGGAGUUUGUUUGGCUCCGACCAUUUCAACAUUUGGACAUUCCUGUCGACCGAACGCUCAACUCUGCUGGCCUUAUGGACCUCAUGGAUCAAAGCCUCUCAGGGUCAUUGCGAUCGAUGAGAUCGAGCCAGAGAAAGAGAUACUUCUCGCUCAUGUCGACCUCGCCAUUCCCAUACAUCGUCGGACAGGGUACCUUUCCGCGAAGGGGUUCAAUCACAACAACUGUCAUUGGUGUCUCCAGGAGAGGAGGGAGAAAGUUGAUAUCCGAUGGGCAGCCAAACAUCACUACUGCGAUGGCUUGGUCAGGCUCACCGGUGAAUUUAUCGUCAUGUGACAUACCUGACUUCUAUACAGAUGACGAGCCGAAUGGCGAAAGUGGCAGAUUGGCGGGGCCUUGCACAUCAUGCGAUUCUCGUACAUCCGAUUAUGGCCUGGACACGUAUGAAGAAGUAGUGACGUUUCUACAAAAACACUUGGAGGCGUACUCACAGGGCGCUUGGCUCACUACGGAAGACGAAAGCGAUCAGUCGAUAAAAGCCGAGAUCUCAUUUCUGGAGACCACACUCCAGAGUCUUGCAAGUGGUUAUCCUUCGACUGUGACUCCUGUUCAUACCCUUCGACACCGUCUUGCCAACAUACACCUCCAAGACGAGGAUACGACCAUUAACAGGCUCACUCGUUCGGUG